AUGGCGCGAAAGCCAUCCUCUCACUUGGCCGCGGCCAAAACACCCACUCCCGUGGCCGCAGCGAAACCACCGCCAGCAGCACGAACCCCCUCCGGCUCUAUAAUAGCCACUCCUUCCACUCCGGCCGCCGCGAAGCCCGUGUCGCAGAGUUCGUUAUCAUCCCGGUCCUCGGCGCAGGAGAUCAUCGUCCAUGUGUGGAACAGAUACUUGCAAGAUACACCGUCCCGGACCAUGCUAUUAGACGUCUUUAUGGCCUUUUUGGUCGUCAUUGGCGGCGUCCAGUUUUUGUAUUGUGUUGUUGCUGGCAACUACCCUUUCAAUGCUUUCUUGUCCGGCUUCUGCGCCGCUGUCGGCCAGUUCGUCCUUACUGCGUCCCUGCGAAUGCAGACUUCAGAACGACCUCCUUCUGGGGCAGCACACACGCCGGCUGCAAAGAAGAGUACGAGUACAACUACCACCACCAAGACUGGGGACGGCACCGUGAGCGCUGAGCUUGUGGAGGGGGGCAAUGUCAGCUCCGAGCGGGCGUUUGCGGACUAUGUCUUUGGCAGUCUUAUUUUACAUGGGUUCUGUGUCAAUUUUAUCAAUUAG